AUGGCUGCUCAACUCACUUAUUUUGUCGGAUCUCAUGUUUGGGUUGAGGACACUGAUCAAGCUUGGAUAGAUGGAGAGAUUCUUGAAUCUAAUGAUAAUGAGAUCACCAUUAGCUUUGAAUCAGGAACAAAGGUUGUGAGCAAAUCAGCUAAUAUUUACCCGAAAGAUCCUGAGUUUCCACCUAACGGAGUGGAAGAUAUGACAAGACUUGCAUAUCUGCAUGAACCGGGAGUACUUCAAAAUUUGCAAAUUCGUUAUACCCUCAAUGAUAUAUAUACAUACACAGGAAACAUCUUGAUAGCAGUGAACCCUUUUCAAAGGUUACCUCAUUUGUAUGCGACUAGUACAAUGGCAAAGUAUAAAGGCGCGGCUUUUGGUGAGCAGAGUCCACAUCCUUUUGCAAUUGCAGGUUAUGCAUAUAGGAAGAUGAUAAACGAAGAAAAAAGCCAAGCAAUUUUGGUUAGUGGAGAAAGUGGAGCCGGUAAAACAGAAAGUACAAAGAUGCUUAUGCAUUAUCUUGCCUAUUUAGGAGGGAGAGCAGCAGCAAGCGAGGGACGGUCUGUGGAGCAACAAGUUCUCGAGUCCAAUCCUGUUUUAGAAGCAUUUGGGAAUGCAAAGACGGUUAGGAAUAAUAAUUCAAGUCGUUUUGGUAAGUUUGUGGAGAUUCAAUUUGAUCACAAGGGGAGAAUUUCAGGAGCUGCUAUCAGAACUUAUUUACUAGAACGAUCACGCGUUUGUCAAGUUUCUGAUCCCGAGAGAAAUUAUCAUUGCUUUUAUAUGCUUUGUGCUGCACCAAAAGAGGAUGUUGAACGGUUCAAAUUGGGAAAUCCAAGAACCUUUCAUUAUCUUAAUCAAUCAAAUUGCUAUGAACUGGAUGCACUGGAUGAUUCAAAGGAGUACCUUGCAACUAGGAGAGCUAUGGAAGUUGUUGGAAUCAGCGCCGAUGAAACGGAUGCGAUAUUUAGAAUAGUAGCUGCUGUACUUCACUUAGGAAACAUUGAAUUUGUUAAAGCAGUGGAUGAAGGAAUGGAUUCCUCUAAACCUAAAGAUGAAAAAUCUUAUUUCCACCUAAAAACCGCAGCUGAACUUUUGAUGUGCGAUGUAAAGUCCCUUGAAGACUCGUUUUGCAAACGCCUUAUGGUGACUCGUGGUGAGGCUAUAACAAAAUGCCUUGAUCCAAAUUCUGCAGCUCUCAGUCGAGAUGCAUUGGCUAAAAUUGUUUAUUCAAGGCUUUUUGACUGGAUUGUGGACAAGAUUAACAACUCUAUUGGACAAGAUCCAACUUCAAAGAACUUAAUUGGAGUUCUAGAUAUAUACGGAUUCGAGAGUUUCAAGACAAACAGCUUCGAGCAAUUUUGUAUCAAUUUGACAAAUGAGAAGUUACAGCAACAUUUCAACCAGCAUGUCUUCAAAAUGGAGCAAGAGGAAUAUACAAAGGAAGAAAUUGAUUGGAGUUAUAUAGAGUUCGUUGAUAAUCAAGAUGUUCUCGAUCUUAUUGAGAAGAAACCUGGCGGUGUUAUUGCUCUUCUGGACGAGGCCUGUAUGUUUCCAAGAUCAACGCACGAAACAUUUGCAGAAAAGCUAUAUCAAACACUUAGGGACAAUAAGCGAUUCAGCAAACCGAAGUUGUCACGAACUGAUUUCACCAUCAAUCACUAUGCUGGUGAUGUCACUUAUCAGACUGAACAUUUCCUUGAUAAAAACAAAGACUAUGUUGUUCCGGAACACGCAGCGCUUCUCAGUGCUUCCAAGUGCUCCUUUGUUUCAGGACUUUUUCCACCUUUACACGAGGAAGGCACUAAAUCAACAAAGUUUUCGUCUAUAGCCACUCAGUUUAAGCAACAACUGCAAACUUUGCUUGAAACAUUGAAUGCGACUGAGCCACACUACAUUCGUUGCGUAAAGCCAAAUAAUCUUCUUAAGCCAGGGAUAUUUGAGAACAACGAUGUGUUACAGCAGCUUCGAUGUGGGGGUGUAAUGGAGGCAAUUAGGAUAAGUUGCGCUGGAUAUCCAACUCGAAAGAACUUCGAUGAAUUUGUUCAACGGUUUAGUAUAAUGGAACCUAAGGUUCUAAAAUCAUGUCCUGAUGAGAUGACUGCUUGCAAGAGACUUCUAGAUAAAGCAAACCUUCGAGAUUAUCAGAUAGGAAAGACAAAAGUUUUUCUGAGAGCAGGUCAAAUGGCAGAACUAGAUGCAUGUCGUGCUGAGGUCCUAGGAAGAUCCGCAAUCGUUAUUCAGAAAAAAGCUCGCACAUAUAUUUGUGAGAAACAGUACAGAUUAUUGCGAUUCUCUGCCAUAGAACUACAAAGGGCGAUUAAAGGACAACUUGCAAGACGUCAGUAUGAAUGCUUGAGAAGGGAAGCCGCAUCUUUGGUAAUCCAGAAACAAAUCCGCAUGUAUCUUUCAAGAAGUGCUUAUAAAACUACCUAUUCCAAAGCUGUUUGUAUUCAAACCGGCAUGCGAGGAAUGGCUGCUAGAAAUGAACUUCGAUUCAGGAAGCGGACACACGCUGCAACUGUUAUUCAGAGUUGCCACAGACGUUAUUUAGCUCGUACUUAUUUCAAAAAGCUAAAGAAAGCAACAAUCGCAAUGCAGUGCUCGUGGCGGAGAACAAAAGCACGAAGAGAACUUCGAAAGCUUAAAAUGGCUGCUAAGGAAUCCAAGGCCCUAGAAGCCGCGAAAAUUUAUCUAGAAAAGCAAGUUGAGGAACUAUCUGAGUGUUUAGAGACAGAGAAGAGAAUGAGGGAAGCCAAGACACAGGAAAAUGAAAAAUUACAAUGUGCUUUGGAAGAGAUGGAGCUUCAAUUCAAAGAAACUAAAGCGGAGCUCAUUCAGGAACGCGAGGCUGAAAAGAAAUUACAAUGUGAUUUGGAAGAGAUGGAGCUUCAGUUCAAAGAAACUAAAGCGGAGCUCAUUCAGGAACGCGAGGGUGCAAAGAAAUUACAAUGUGCUUUGGAAGAGAUGGAGCUUCAGUUCAAAGAAACUAAAGCGGAGCUCAUUCAGGAAGGCGAGGCUGAAAAGAAAUUACAAUGUGCUUUGGAAGAGAUGGAGCUUCAGUUCCAAGAAACUAAAGCGGAGCUCAUUCAGGAACGCGAGGCUGCAGAGAAAUUACAAUCUGCUUUGGAAGCGAUGGAGCUUCAGUUCAAAGAAACUAAAGCGGAGCUCAUUCAGGAACGCGAGGCUGCAAAGGAAUUGGCUGAGCAAACUCCAACUAUACUGGAAAAUAAUGUCGCUGAUAGUGAAAUCGAUAAGCUUACUGCAGAAAAUGAACAACUCAAGGAGCUUGUAAACUCAUUGGAAAAGAAAGCUAAACAAGAGCUUUCUGAUAAUGUGACUGACAAUGAACUGGUUAAUAAGCUUACUACAGAAAAUGAACAACUCAAGGAGCUAGUUAACUCAUUGGAAAAGAAAACUAAACACGAGUUUCCUGCUAAUUUUACUGAAAAUGAAGCGAUUAAUAUGCUUACUACAGAAAAUGAACAACUCAAGGAGCUAGUUAACUCAUUGGAAAAGAAAACUAAACAGGAGCUUUCCGAUAAUGUUACCGACAAUGAACUGGUUAAUAAGCUUACUACAGAAAAUGAACAACUCAAGGAGCUAGUUAACUCAUUGGAAAAGAAAACCAAACACGAGAUUCCUGCUAAUUUUACUGAAAAUGAAGUGAUUAAUAAGCUUACUACAGAAAAUGAACAACUCAAGGAGCUAGUUAACUCAUUGGAAAAGAAAACUAAACAGGAGAUUCCAGCUAAUUUUACUGAAAAUGAAGUGAUUAAUAAGCUUACUACAGAAAAUGAACAGCUCAAAGAGCUGGUUAGUUCAUUGGAAAAGAAAACUAAAGAAGAGUUUCCUGCUAGUUUUACUGACAAUGAAGUGAUUAAUAAGCUUAGAGAAGAAAAGGAACAUUUUAAGGAUCAGGUUAGUUCAUUGGAAAGGAAAAUUGAUGAGACAGAAAAGAAAUAUGAAGAAACUAGCACGAUUAGUGAGGAGCGGAUGAAUCAAAUUAUAGAAACAGAAUCAAAGAUGAUUGAACUAAAGACAAAUAUGCAAAGGCUUGAAGAAAAACUUUCUGAUAUGGAAACCGAGAAUCAAAUUUUCCGGAAGCAAGCGCUGUCGACCUCAUCAUCCAAGAGAAUUGUACUUGCUGCGAUUCCGCCUUUGGAAAAUGGUCAUCCGGUUCCAGUAAAAACACUUGGUUCAGAAUCUGUGAGGAGAUCUCAUAUGGAGAGGCAUCAUGAGAGUGUAGAUGCUCUUUUCAAGUGUGUGAUAAAAGAUCUCGGGUUCUCUGAAGGGAAACCUGUUGCGGCAUUUACCCUUUAUAAUUGUUUGCUACAUUGGAAAUCUUUUGAAGCAGAUAAGACAAGUAUAUUUGAUCGUCUUAUUCAACUCAUCGGUUCUGCAAUAGAGGAUCAGGAUAAUAACACUUGUAUGGCUUAUUGGCUGUCCAAUACAUCUGCUUUGUUUUUUCACCUUCAACGAUGUUUAAGAGCACCGGCACGAAAACCACCCACUCCAACAGGGUUUUUCGGGAGGAUGACCCAGGGUUUCCGCUCGUCAAAUAGUCUUUCGAGUAGUUCAUUUGAUGUAGAACAUCAAGUUGAAGCAAAGUACCCAGCUUUGCUUUUCAAGCAACAGCUAGCAGCUUAUGUGGAAAAGAUAUACGGAAUUGUUCGAGAAAAUAUGAAGAAAGAAUUGUCCCCUCUACUUUCUACUUGCAUAGAGGAGCACAAAACACGAAACGACGACAGCCAAUCAGCUGGUUCAUGGAUCAAAAUUAUUGAAUGCCUUAAUAAAUUUCUCAAUAUUCUAAAAGAAAAUUAUGUGCCUCCCAUUCUAGUUCAAAAGGUAUUUAAUCAGACGUUUCAAUAUAUCAACGCAGAAAUAUUUAACAGCCUUCUAUUGCAUAAAGAAUGCUGCACAUUCAAGAAUGGAGAAUAUAUAAAAUCAGGGUUAGCCGAACUAGAAUUAUGGUGUACUGAAGUAGCCGAAGAGUAUGCUGGCUCAUCUUUGGAAGAACUCAACCAUUCAAAACAAGCAGUUAGAUUCUUGGUUGCUCAAGAGAAGGACGAAAUAUCCUAUGAUGAUCUUACAAAUGACAUCUGCCCGGUCUUGAGUUCUCAACAGCUUUAUAGAAUAUGUACACUAACCUCGGAUGAAAAUGAAAAUGAGAACUCCAAAAGAGUAUCAACAGAUGUAACUACUAGAAUAAAGCUGCUAAUGACAGACGAUGUAAGCGAAGAUGACAAAUCCUUCUUGUUGGAAGACAAUUCAAGUCUUCCUAUCAUUGUUGAAGAGGUUUCUCAUUCUCAAAGAGAUAAGACAAUUCCGAAAGUAAAACCUCCUGCGGAACUGCUCGAGAGUUCAGCCUUCCAAUUCUUGCAUGAUUAUUCUUAA